UCGUCAAUAGACGGGUUGGCUGCCACAAUCCUCCCUUGAUAUACACCCCAAAGCCGCUCUCUGCAGCAGCGCCAGAAGAGUCUAGCCAGACCAGCUUAAUAUGGCAGCCAACGACUACUACAACGACGCAUCUUCGUCACGGCCCUACUAUGGUGCUUACGACCCAACAUCGUCACAUCAAGCAGCCGCCCCCUCCUAUCCCCCAUCGUACGCGUCGGAGCCGCCUCAACGGCCGGACCGGCUAGGCGCAACGACGCCCGCUACUGCAGCUCCGAUCGUGUCCCCCUUCGAUACCGACUUUGAUGACCACGUUUACCCAAUGCACUCGCAGCAGCAUAGUCAACAAAGCUUUGCCCAGGACACGAGGUACCAUAGUCCCGCCCCCGGCAACGUGUCGCCCGUAGGAGACGACAUCCCGCUGCGGCACCAAGACAGCAACGGCAACAAGAUAGGCACGGCAGGAAUACCCCUCGACUCAGCAGAUCAUGUAUACGACGCCCCGGAGCAUGGUCCCCAGCAGGGUCGCUCGCGGGGACGGCGCAGGCUACAGUAUGGCGAACUAGGAAUGCUCGGUGCAGGCAAGAGGAGGAUACCGCUGAUCGUCUAUUUCUUCUCCGUCGUCCAGCUGGCCGUUUUUGUCGGUGAGCUGGUCAAGGCGGCGCAGUUGACGGGGUCGCCAAUCCAGACCUCACCUACCUUCAACCCCAUGAUCGGUCCGUCUUCGCAGGUCCUCAUCAACAUGGGCUCGAGAUAUGUUCUCUGCAUGCACGACAUCCAGGGCAUCUCUAACCUGACCACCCAGCUCUCCUUCGCCUGCGCCAACACGACUUCGUCCGACGGGACGGAUGCCUCGAAUCAAUGCACUCUAGCUGAGUUGUGCGGGUUUGGCGCCACCACCAACUCCAGUCGCCCAAACGCCGCACCGAAUCAGUGGUGGCGCUUCAUUGUGCCCAUUUUCAUGCAUGCUGGAAUCAUCCACAUCGGCUUCAACCUGCUCCUGCAGCUUACGCUGGGUAAGGAAAUCGAAAGGGCCAUUGGGUCCAUCCGCUUUUUCCUUGUGUACAUGAGCGCUGGUAUCUUUGGGUUUGUCAUGGGUGGCAACUAUGCAGCUGAAGGCAUCUCAUCGACGGGGGCAUCCGGUGGCCUGUUCGGCAUCAUCGCCUUGACGCUGCUCGAUCUACUGUACUCGUGGAAAGAGAGGCGCAGCCCGGUGAGGGAGCUCAUGUUCAUCUUGAUUGAAGUGGUAAUAUCGUUCGUGCUGGGACUACUUCCCGGCCUGGACAAUUUCUCCCACAUCGGCGGUUUCCUCAUGGGGUUGUGCUUGGGUAUCUGCGUGCUUCACUCACCAAAUGCGCUGCGGGAAAAGAUCGGCGAGGAUCACUUUGCCGCUUCUUAUUCCAGUGUCAACAACGGAGGCAUCACCAGUGUUGCAUUCCCACCUUUCCUCCGGAACCCUGUUGGCUUUUUUAAAGGCCGAAAGGGUCUGUGGUGGGCUUGGUGGCUCGUCCGUGCCGCAUUUCUCAUCACCAUUAUCGUCGUCUUUAUCCUUCUUCUGAACAAUUUUUAUACAAAGAGAUUCGUGCUCAAUCAAAACAGCCGUGAAUGGUACAAGUACUUGAGCUGCUUGCCCGUCAACAAUUGGUGUGAUAUCGGCAAUGUCAACGUCACUGGGGUAUCGAAGAGGAGCAUAGAGGUUUACAAGCAAGUGGUUAAUCUUUAUUAGGAUUGGGUAUGUGUUUCUAUGAUACGUCGAGAGAUACCAUUUGCCGAUUGCAUCGGGACCUUUGGCAUGGCAUAACUAUAACAAUGUUGGAAUGUACUGCACAUCCUAGCCCGUCCCCAU